CUGGUCAGUUGAGACACUUUGUUUAAAUUUCAAACUGCUUUUUUUUUAAAGCUUCUUUUGAACAUCCGUGCUGUUAGCUGUCCCUGACGCACGUAUUAACCACCAAAACGCAGUGACUUUUCAACUGGAAAAUAUUAAAACAAGGCUUUUGAUUAAAUUCUCAUUUUGGGAAUGGGCUAAGAGGUGCCAGGAGGCCCUGCAGAGCCUUUCCUUGAAACCAUCAACUUUUUUAAAAAAACAGAAACUAAUGUCCCAAGCAGCCGUGAUUGGUGCCAAAGCCAUUGCUGUCCUUCAGGCACUGCCCACUCCAGGGCUCUGUGGUCUGGCUCUGGCAGUGCCGAGGGAGAUGUGGUGGUGCCCCCUCCCCGGUGCUGCCUUUGAUGCUGGUGAGUGGCAGGUCCAUUGUGGCCUCUUUGUGCCCUCCUCAGUUCUCCUAGCCCGCACAAAACCUGCCAUGGAAACCAAACCCGGCCGCUGUCCCAGGAAACCCGGAGGUGCAAUUAGGAAAUGCAAAUAUGAAUGCAAAUUCCUUCACUGCCUUCAUCCCGGGGCCACCAGCCAGUGUCCCUGCCUGUGGGCACCAGGAGGAGAAUGGGGCACAGGUCUGGGGGUAGUGCUGAUGGCCGUGGGGCACCUUGGGCUCUUCUCCCCUUUCCUCAAGUCUUCCUCAGCAUCUUGGGGGAAGAAUGGGGCAUUUCAGCAGCUGGGAGCAGUGACUCAUAGGUGACAAUGUGAGAUUGAUUUUUUUUUUUUCCAUCCUCUCUUGGUUGCCCAGCGACAAACAAACAAACAACUAUCUUAAAAUCCAAGCCAGCAGGAAGGGAGAAGCCCUGGUGCUUCCCAGUGCCAUGCUGCCAUGUCCGUGCUGCAGUCAGGAUGCAUGGGCAGGGUGCUGUGCGGAGCUGCUGCUCCCACUGGGCUGCUCCAUAGCCUGUUAUGCUGCUGGGCUGGGAGCCGCUGGGGCAGCACCGUGGAGAUUUUGGCAUCUGUGGGACUGACCCUGGGAGCUGCCCUCGUUGGCAUUGGUGACAAUCCCACAGUGUGUUCGGCUGUGAAUGGUACUGCUCUCCUGUCUGGCUCCAGACCAGGUGGAUUUUGUCGACAGCUGGAGGUAUUCUACACAAAUGGAGCUGCUUCCUUUGCCCUGAAAGCGUUCACCCAGCGCUUUGCCAUGCCCCAUGAGUGCCUGACUGCACUCCCAUGUCUCUCUGACACCCUGUGCUUCCUCCCAGCCCUGUUCCAUUGAGUUGCUGGAAAAUGAGCUCCAGAUCCUGGAGGUGGCAUUUCUUCCGUCUCCUGACAUCUCGUCCAUCCCUGCUCUCGCCUAGAUCCGCGGGGCAAUAGUAGGGUGGUGAGGGAAAAAGAGUGGAUUGUCUACAGAAAAUGGAGCAGGGCACACCUGCAGCUCACUCACUGCGAUGUUCCAACCCUGACCUGAUCUUAGCGUUUGACUCAGUUACAGAGCCCAUUCUAACGGUGUUUUUUCUCUCCCUCUCUGUUUCCAGGCGGCAGUGGAGCUCUGGCACGAGGACAGCGUGCACAGGAGGUCCGGAGCUCAGCGGGAGUGCUGCAAGGUGCUGGGAUGCUGCAGCGUGCCGGGGGCUGACGUGUGGAGCUCUGGCUGUGGGGAGCAGUGCCCCCGCCGCCCACCCAUGCUCCCGGCCGGCAGCCGGGGCCUUGCCCCGUGACGAGGUGCCCACCUCCCCCAGGACCGCCGCCAUGACGAGCCUCUUUCGGCGCAGCAGCAGCAAUGGCGGCUCACGCGGCGGCUCCUCGGCGCAGGAGCUCAACAACAGCCGCCCUGCCAGGCAGGUGCGCCGGCUGGAGUUCAACCAGGCCAUGGAGGACUUCAAGACCAUGUUCCCCAAUAUGGACUACGACAUCAUCGAGUGCGUUUUGAGGGCCAACAACGGUGCCGUGGAUGCCACCAUCGACCAGCUCCUCCAGAUGAACCUGGAUGGCAGCGGCUGUGAGGACAGCUCGGACUCGGAGGACAGCAUUCCCCCUGAGAUCCUUGAGCGCACCCUGGAGCCAGACAGCUCUGAUGAGGAGCCUCCCCCAGUGUACUCCCCCCCAGCCUAUGAGAGCCAGGUGCUGAGCAGUCCACAUGCACCUCCCACCCCCCCACCCAGGACGGAUGUGCCAGGGCCUGGCCGCUACAGGAACUGGAACCCACCACUGCUGGGCAACCUCCCUGAGGACUUCCUGCGCAUCCUACCCCAGCAAGCUGCCUGCACGCAGGGCUCCUCUGGAUGCCAGCAGCCUGUGCCACGGGGCCAGGGCUCCCUGGAGCAGGAGAGGAGGUGGAAGCAGUACCUGGAGGACGAGCGGAUUGCGCUCUUCCUGCAGAACGAGGAGUUCAUGAAGGAGCUGCAGAGGAACCGGGACUUCCUCCUUGCCCUGGAGAGAGAUCGACUAAAAUACGAGUCAAAAAAAUCCAAGUCGACCAGUGCUGCUGUCAGCAAUGAUUUCUGUUUCUCCUCCAUAAUACCAGGUGAUGUAGCCCCUCCUGGAACCAGUGAGGCCGGCAGUACUGUGUCUGACGAUGCCUUAUUCAGAGACAAACUGAAACACAUGGGAAAAUCAACGCGCAAGAAGCUGUUUGAACUCGCCAGAGCCUUCUCUGAGAAGACAAAGAUGAGGAAGUCAAAAAGAAAACACUUGUUGAAGCACCAGGUGCUGGGGACAGCUGCAUCCACAGCAAAUCUUCUUGACGACGUCGAAGGACACUCGUGCGAUGAAGAUUUUCAAGCACGGCAGCAGCAGCUCCGGGAAGAGGAGGAGACGCUGAAGGAAGGGCAAUAAAUGGUGAGGGCUGUGGUGCUGUGGCUGGUGACAGCUCCAGCGCCGUGAUGGGACAGUGCUGGCCGUGGUGCAGCUGAGGCUGAGCACACACUGUUCUUCCUCCUCCUGGUCUCCUCCCCUCCAGGUCCCAGCACUGGGGUUUAUUGCUGGCACAGAAUGUGCAAAGGGCUUAAUAAGAAGAUGGCUGAAAAAAGGAAAAAAGCAAACAAACACCCAACGACAAAUAACCCAGUUUUUUGGCUGUUCCCCCUCUGCUGUUGUACUCCUCUGAAGUACAAACGUUGAAGUGAGGCACAAAGUUUUCUUUUCAGAGGUUUGAAAACAACUUCUCCUAUCUAGCAAAUCAGCCAAAAAAAAAAAAAAAGGAAAGAACAGCUGGCAGCUGGUGUGAGCUGUGGCAUUGGAGCUGGUGGGUCUGGGACUCAGGGAGGAGCCAUCCCUCCUGCGCGUGGGAUCCACACAGUGCUGCCAGAAGAGUGCACAUGGGCUGUGCUAAGGGGAUGCCCCGGCUGCGGGAGCUGCCUGGCGGAGCAUCCCUGUGCAUAUCUGUGGUGAUCUGAUGUAAUUUUCCUCUGCGCACGCAGGAAAAGAAAACACACAAGAAAGAAACUAAAAACUGUCAUCUACUAUUGCUAGGAGUAAUAAGCAGAGAUUCAGAUCAGGUAAUAGUGAAAUAAUAUAAGUUGUUUAUAAAAGGAAAGGCCUUCUUUUCCAAGGCAUUUCCCUUUGCAUUAAACCUUUGCCUUUGGCAUCGCUCAAA